AAACGAUUCAAUUAAUCGAUAAGUGGUUCCCAUGAGCUCUGAGGACAAAUACUUUAUAAACAUCUUUCGAUCAACAAACCGCUGAUCGGACAGUGAUGGAUUCCCUGAACUUUGAGUCCGAGAUGGAGGCGGAUGGACAGGGCAGUUAUUCACUGUUUCCAGCGCUGGACAGUAUGAGCAGCCUGACUGGAGCCGCUGAGAGUCUGGACUCUGAAACCCCCAGUGAGGUUGCAGAUAAACCAAAUCUCACUUGGCUCGAUGCUGCUCAGAUUGCUCUUGAAGAAGCUGGGCGGCCCAUGCACAUCAAGGAGAUCAAGCAGCGGAUCAUUGAUCGUGGACUGGUGCAGUCAAAUGCAAAGUCAAGCCUCGGGGCAGUCAUGUAUCGAGAGACACAGAAAGGAAGCAGAUGCUUCAAGAGGAUUGAAAGCAGAAAUGGAGUUUUUGCCCUGUUGACUGAUGAAGAGAGACAGAAUGCAUUGCAUGCAUUCUCUGCCCAGUCGACCUUCUCAAGUUCGGGCUCCGGUUCGUCCAUGGGACCCCUGCCUUCCCCCACGAGCCACUCUGAAUCCAGGCCUACAGUCAGGAAGGGUCCUCGCAAGAACCAAAAUGAGAAGUACCGGCUGAAGUACAUGCGUCUGCGCAAAGCUGCCUGUGCUAUGAUAUUUGAAAAUGCAGCACUGUAUGAUGAGAUUGCUCACCUGGAAGAGAAGUUUGUUCGGGCAAAAGAAGAAAGGAGAUUCCUGCUGAAGUCUUUGUUGCAGUAUCAGUCUCUGGCUGAAGGAGAGUCUGUACCGACCAGAGCAUGUGACACACAUGCACCUGUCGUGUUGAGCUCCAGUACACCAGGGGGCACUGCUCUACCAGGGAGUCACAGCCAGGCCACUGGACUCUCAGGAUCUGACGACGGCCUUCUGAAGAAACCCAAAAAAGAAAGAAAAGAGAGGGGAAGAGAGAACGGCAGGGAAGAAUUGUUUUCUAAAAUAUAUUCAACCCUGAAGAAGAUUUGUAAGAAAAGGAAGGCUGCAGAAGGAGGAGUGCGCAAGCUUGUGCAGCCCAUCUCACUGGACUCUUCAGGGAGGCCGGUCUUUCCCAUCGUGCUUGGUGGACUCACUGUGUACAGCCUAGGAGAGAUCAUCACAGACAGGGCACUGUUUCAUAACGAAACUGCUAUCUGUCCCGUGGGGUUCUGCAGCACGAGAGUUUUCGCCAGCAUGAAGAACCCUGAUCAGAAGUGUCUCUACACCUGCCAAAUCAAAGAUGGUGGUCAAGGACCACAGUUUGAGAUUGCACCAGAGGAUAACCCACAGAAUGCAAUAGUGGCCUCAUCAGCCCUCACCUGCCACACAAACCUGCUCAAAGCCAUUGCUGCCCGGAGGGGCAAAUCCUUGACCAACAUUGUUCCAUCAGGAGCAGACUUUUUUGGUUUUUCUCACCCCACCAUUCAGAACCUGAUCCAGAGCUGUCCUGGGGCUCGCAAAUGCAGCAAUUAUCAGUGGGUGCGUUUUGAGGUUUGUCGGCCUGGUGAUGGGCAGGUGGCGCAUGGACUUUCAGAAGAUGAUGCAUCUGUGAACUUUGAGUCCCUUCAGCGAGUGCAAAGCUGUGAGGAGAGCCUGGCCAGUCAGAACCUUACAACAGAACACAGCAGCACAGUGCGACCACAACAGCCUAACAUCUCGUCUCACCUUCUGAGCUCGGCAGUGCUGCAGACCACUAUAACUUCUCUCUCCAACACUUGAGCUUAUUCAAACACCUUUGUCUGACAGUGAGCUCAACUAAGCAUAGGUUUCAAACUGAUUCAUAUUCAGAUGGGUCCUGUUUAUAGAAGAGCAACUAAAGAUCUCAGAUCUGCAUUAUGAAACAAAUUAUGCGGGUUAAACUGGAUGCAUUCCUGCAUGCCGCAGUAUGGAGCCAUUUUAGACUAUUUUUUACAUGAUAAAUAAGCAAAAUCCUUGUUAUGUCUGUUGUUAUUCUUUGUAUUGUUAAUGUGUGUUAUUAAAGCGUGAUUAUAGUCUUUACUGUGAAAUACUUCAGAUAAAACAGACAUAAAAAUGGUGGACUAAAUCAACCCUUAAGCUUUUAGUAUUAUAGUUUAAGAUUUCAACUUGUUUUGCCAGUUCUGUAGAGCUCAAAGGCUCCUUCUGAAGCUACCCAAUACAAUAAGAAAAACCCUUACGGCUUUAAUCUUUCAUUAUGUAGGUCAUUCCAUGUUUGUGAUUAGAAGGCUUUGUACCUUGAGAACAGUUCUCCUCGAAUAACACAUUUCAUAAAGAAAUCUUGACAUUACAUCUAUCUUGGUAUUUGUAAUGCAGUGUCAUUCUUUGGUAAAUGUGAGUAAUAUUUCAGAAUAUAUUAAACUAUUAAAGUUUCACACCCUGACAGACAUGCUUUUUAUCUUGUGGGAAUGAGAAGGAAAUGUAUUAUAAUCUUUUAAGGUUAAAAUACCUCAGCCAACCACUAAAUGUCACUGUGGAGCCGUGAAAUACAGAUGCCUUCACAUCGUACGUAUCACUGACAGUAACUACAGCACAAAUGCUCACACAUGAAAUGCUUAUUAAAUAGUUAAAUGUGCCUUAUAAAUCCAUUUUCACAAAGUGUUCAUAUAGUGUGUUAUGUCUGCGUUGUUAGUGCAUAUAUGCAUUAGUUGUACGUUUUUGGCAGUUGCUUCACAUCUUGCUGUUGUUUUCACAGCUUUGAAUGCUACAUUUUUUACUCACUCUUCGUAUUUAUAAUGCUUUUUCCUGGUCUUAUUGUCAAUUAUUCAUCAGUACACAUUGUCCCAAAGACAAAAAGCAUGCUCUGCAUCUGAGGACAAUUUCUUUUUGGCUGACAUCUCCCAGCCCUCUUAUUUGUCUCAAAUAACAUUUCAUGAUGCAUGAGAGAAAGCUGCAACCUACCUUAUUUUAAAUUGAAUAUACUCUUACUCAGAAAGUGUCAUGUUGUGGGACAAUUAGUUGCAUAUGCUGCAGUGUCAUUAGCAAAGGAAGAAAAAA